AUGGUACAGGCGGCACCACUUUCUUUGUCUUCUUCCCCAGAAUACCUUACUUUUUCAGAACUUCAGAAGCGUGAAUGGAUUGUUGUUGAUGAUGCUAUUCAAAAUGUCAAUUCUCUGCUUGGCUGUAACUCGCCUUCUCUUUCUGCCAAACCACCUAAUACUGUUAUUCAACUGGCUGUGAUUGUUGAGGAGCACAUGAAUGCUAUUUCUCAAUGCGUUUUGGAUGGAAAGUCGGUAAUAAACAAUGUUGAUACUUCUUUAUAUCAACCUGCUGUUCAUAUUGAAGCUCGCUCGUGGUGGACACCCGUGGAAAGUGCCAUGUACCAUGUUGGUUCACUUGUGGGAUGCAAUGAUGCAAAAGUACAAUACACUUCUGUACCUCUUUCUGUUGAAGACAUGAAUAUUGCCAUUGUUGACCGUAUGGAAAUCUUUGCAGCCUGUCUUUUGCGUUGGGACGGUGUCAAGUAUUCCCCUCAAAAACGAUUUGAUGAUUUCAACGAAAAGACAAGUGCUGGUGUAAAAAUUGGAAAAAGACAGCAAGGUCCACCUCCACCAUCUCCACCAGGUCCGCAGCCACCACAACCACCAGGCCCUCCUUCACCACCACCUCCUCCACCGGGACCACCUCCUCCACAAGACGGACCAAGAGAGAAAGAUACUAUUUUGUCCGAUAAUGGCCUACUGGUUGCACGUCAAUGGGGACCACCACCACCACCUUCCCAGCAAGGCCAACCAGGGCCACCUCAAGGGCCAUCUCAAGGACCCCGACCACAGGGACCACCCCAGGGACCGCCUCAAGGACCGCCUCAAGGACCGCCUCAAGGACCGCCUCAAGGACCGCCUCAAGAACCACCUCAAGGGCCACCUCAAGGACCACCCCACGGGCCACCUCAAGGACCACCUCCACAGGGACCACCUCAAGGACCACCUUACGGACCUCCUCAGGGACCUCCUCCACAGGGACCACCUGGUUGGAAUCCGGGUCAACCACCUCCACCUCCACCACCAGGCCGCCCACAUCAUGGAAUCGACAAUGACGCUGCAGCUGAUGGUGCAUCUGAUACAAUUGAUGUUGAGGUGGAGAUUUCUAAACGACAAUGGGGACCUCCACCGCCUCAAGAUCAAGGACCGCCAGGAGGACCACCAGGAGGACCACCAGGGAGACCAUGGGAAAAGAGGAAUGUCAAUGUUGUUGUUACCCGAAUGCCAAUGGCAACCGACCGAGCUCAAGAUGACCGAAAAGGACUGUGGUCUCAAGGGCAAGAAAGUCAAUCUGAAGGUGCUUAUUUGGAAGAAAGACAAUGGCAACCACCACCACAAUAUCCUCCUCCCCCUCCACCGGGGCCUUCACCUGAUAGGCCUGGUAAUCCAGGACCUCCAGGACCCCAAGGACCUCCAGGACCCCAAGGACCCCAAGGACCCCAAGGACCCCAAGGACCACCUGGACAGCCCGGUAGACCAGGACCUCAAGGUCCCCGAGGACCCCAAGGACCACCAGGACCACCAGGACCACCAGGACCACCAGGGCCACCAGGGCCACCUAGGUCAUCUAAUCCGCCGCCUCCUCGUCCCCCGCAUAAUGAAGCUGAAGCUGAAGCUGAUACUUCAACUAUGCUAAUGCGGCGUGAAUAUGAUGCCAAUUCGUUACGCCCAUUGCCAGCAGAUUAUGAUUAUGGGGACGAUGGGUAUGGCUGGCAGGCCCCCCAGGGACCUCCAGGACCUCCAGGACCUCCAGAACCUCCGGGGCCUCAAGGAUUUAGAGGACAACGAGGACCACCUGGGCCACCCGGGCCACCUGGGCCAAGGGGACAGCCAGGAUCCGGUCGACCUUGGAGCGGCGACGAGUAA